AUGCCAACGCACAACCGCCUUCAACGUGUCAUCGGUGACAGCGGACAUUCUGGGCACGAAUUGGACUACAUCAUUCGAACCGCAUCAACCGUCGUCCCUCCGUCCGCCUCCUCCUCGUCCUCCACGCCGCCAACUAACUCUCGCCGCUCACCUGAACCGCCACUUCCAUCCUCCUCCUCCUGCUCCUCGUCUUCAUCCUCUUCCUCCUCCGCUACUCCAACUGCUCCCGUCGUGGCGCCUGCCACGCACAUCAACACUGCACACAAUCCUGACACAUCCUCAACCAUCAACACCACCACCAUCGACACCAGAGGUGAGGACCAGGACUGCACCUGCCCUCACUGCGACCGCACCUUCACCUCACACAUUGGCCUGAUCGGUCACUUGCGAGUCCAGUGCCUGGGGCACCAACCUACACUCGCCGCACCUGCCUCUACUGCCAACACUGCCCUCCCAAUUUCCCGCAUAACAUGGGCCUGUUCGGCCGCAUGCGCACCCACAAGAGCGGAACUGACCGCAGUCUCGAUAUACCCACCACAUCCAACACACCCAUUACGCCUAGCUCCAGCCUCACUCUGUCGGUCUGUGCACUCACCACCACCACCACCACCGUCGCCACCACCUCCAUAA